AUGUUUUCAUAUUUAAAUUUUUUAAUAAGUGAUAAUAUAAUGACAUAUUUUAUGGAUUCUUUACCAUCAUCAAUAAAUAAAAAAUUUGAUUCAUUUAAGUUACCUCCGUUAUCCAAUCCAGAAGAUACUAUAGAGGUGAAUGGAAAUCAAAAACAUGAACAAUUAUUUCAACUACAAUUAGAUAUUUUAUCAUUAAUUAAUGAGUACCUACCAUUGGAAUCAAAUUCAUAUAACUCUGGAAGUUCAACAAUAUCAGACAAGUUAAUAAUUAUAUUUCAUGAGCAAAUACUAAUGAGUAUACUCUCAAGUUUAUUAUGUGCUCAAAUAUACCUCGAAAGUCAGAAAAACGACGUAUAUAUUGUCAUACAUACACUUCUUAACUCAAAAUAUAAUCAAAUUCCUCAAUCAAGACUUUGGAUAAGUUUAAUAAAUACAGCUAAUGACAUUUGUUUUGAUGAUUUAAGACACAUUAAACUAUUCAUUGAUUUAUUUCAAGAUCAAAUUAAUCGGGACCCCAAUGUAUUAAAUGAUGAUUUAAUAAAAGGAGGAUUACAAUAUUUUAUUGAGACUUUUCAACCACAUCAUAAAUGGUUUGAAGAUUAUAAACAAGAUGAUACGUUUCAAGAAUUAGAUGCUGGUAAUUUUAAGUUCUUGUAUAGUAGUUAG